AUGAAUCAUGAAAAUUACCACCAACGUCUCGACUUUGUCAAGUCGAUUCUCCAGUUGAAUGGCUUGGAAGUUCCCAAGAUCGAAACUGUCGAGUAUAAUAUGAACAGCAAGCAUCCGUACAACAAUUACAUCUACCUCGUGACUUUGCCAUCGCCGCCAAGUACUGCGACUACAUUCCGAACAGCUCAGUCCGAUGAACCGCAGCCAGGCACUGUGCCAAUGCCAGCAAAUACCAAAUCCCUGAUCCUCAGACUAGCCAAUGCUGACCCAAGGACGGGAAUGAACAACACCAACCGUGUUGAGAACGAGGUUGCUUCGAUGACUCUUGCUAGACAGGCACUUACCGGGUCCAAGUACAGUCAUAUUGUCCCUGACAUCUACGCUUGGGCAAGCGUAGCUACUGGCCAGGGCUUCACAGUACAGCAGUACAUGCAUGGGAUCAUGCCUGAUAAGGUGUUCAAGGAUCUCACCCUGCAAGACAAAUCAGUUGUGCUAGCGCAAAUGGCCGAUAUCCUGGCACUUUUUCAGAAGUUUAAGGUUCCACAGACGAUCGACAAAUUUGGUGGGCUGAGGUUCGAUGAUUGUGGUAACAUUAUCAGCGCGCAGAUGACAAUAUACAAGGGAGAGCCUAGUGCGACAUAUAGCGAGUUCAUCCGCGCCAUAUUCUCUGUGAAGCUUCAGGAAGCCGACGAAAACCCUGUCAUGCAAGGUUGGACAGAUAAAGGAGUGAGAGCGAGACUUGACAACUUCAUCAACUCUCGGUUAGGAGAUAUUUUGAAGGAGCAUGAAGAUCCCGAGAAAGUGCUAGUCCACUCUGACUUUUCAACCAACAAUCUUCUCUUUGAUCCUUCCACCUUAGAGGUAACUGCGAUACUAGAUUUUGACUUUUCAUACGUCGGAACAAUCGUAGAGGAAUUCAUGCUAUUCUCUUUUGGCAACAUGUCAGGCGGCCAGCUUCCAGGCCCACUGGAAGAUGGAGCCCAGCUCCAACUUCGAAACGCAAUGCUCAAUGGGUACUCUCGUCUCUCCUCAAUUGAAGACACCUCGGAUGUCGAGUGGGACGUUGCUAAAGCGUGGGAUGAUGCGCUGGCCCAGGCUGGCGCAGCAAGACCUCAGACUAUUUCAAACUUUGAGAGAAUCGCAGACACCUACUGGUUCACAGAUAUAUUGAGUCCGUUCGAAUUGGACAACCCGCUGAUGAGGAAGCGUAGGACGGCAGAGCAGCUCAAGGCCAUAAGAGAAAGAACUGAAAACCUUAUAGUCAGGUUCUUGGACAAGUAUGAGCAAACACUAUGA